CAUGACUGAUCAAGUUUAAUAGGAAGUGUUCCGUAUUUUUGUCUCGGUGCUGCAGUUCAAUACAUCGAUAGUUCAGUAAUACCGUUAACUUGUAAAAGAGAUAAAUCACGCUUUAAUCGGAAGCUCGUAACGCCAACCACAGAUGGAAAGCAAAGAAAUCACAAAAGAACAGGCCCUGUCAUUAAAGGGGUAUAAGCACGCUUGCCACAUAAUGUUGUACGGUGACACGGACGCAAAACUAUUCGGAAAAAUUCCGACAAAGCAUAUUGUCCUGAUGCAGAUGCGUUUUGAUGGUUUGUUAGGCUUUCCUGGAGGGCUAGUCAAUCCCGGUCAGGAGAGCCUCGAAUCAGGUCUGAGUCGGGAGAUUGGAGAAGAGUUGGGUGUGGCCCUUUGCGUGUCCCCAGAAGACCACCUGUCCACCCAACUCGCCUCCUCUCCCCCCAAUCUCGUGUGCCACUUCUUUGUUAAGAAGAUGACGGAGGAGGAACUGCGUGAGGUGGAGAAGGCGGCGGUCGUGGCGAGCGACCAUGGACUCGAGGUGAUGGGACUUGUGAGAGUUCCCCUCUUCACUCUGAGAAACGGUGGGGGCUUGUCCUCUUUCCUGUCACACUCCUUCAUCGGCAACUCCCGCUCCCAGCUGCUCUCUGCUCUGCGGACCCUCGGACUCGUGUCGCACCAUGACCUGGAAGCCGCCGUCACUCGGGCGGAUAAGAGUCUGCACUCCAAGGCUCGCUGACGGGAUCUCCGGAGGCCCAUGGAAUCCUGAGAAGUCUGCACUUAAACAGAAAUAUUUAUGGGCACUUCUUGGUGGGGACAUUUCAAAGAAUACAACCAUUGUUAGGUUGGAAUCAAACACAAGCAUUCUUUAAAAUAAUUAUCCAUAUCCAUGUUAUAAUGUAUUCUGCAAAACUCACUGAAUCUGUGGAAUUGCUACAAAAGUGAGGUUAUUUCUCUUAAACUUGGUUAUGAAGCAAAGAGAAUGUUAACGCCAAGUCUUUUUUGUCUUUUUCCACUUUGCAUUUUUCCUUCCUAUGCUAUAAAAUAAAAUGAAUAGUAGAUAACAACUAAA